ACAUUGUCUAUCGAAAUCACAUUCAUAAUAAACAAAAAUUUAAUACGAAUUUGGAGCCAAAAUGAGGUGCGUAGUGCCAAAAUGCAUAAAUGCCACAGCGGCCGCAAAUAAAAUGCAUGAUAUGUGCUUCUUCAAGUUUCCGAAGAAUGCAGAUUUGGCCAAACGUUGGCUCUCAUUUUGCGGCAACAAGGAUGCCCUGAAAAUGAAGAAUGCCUGUAUUUGCAUUAAUCAUUUCAAAGAAGAGGAUAUCGUGGGAGCUGAACGAUUCAAAUUGGGAUUGGCCAAGAAACGGACCGCGCGGCCAGGCGCAGUGCCGUGCAUAAACCCGGGACGCGACUUCACAAAGGAAAGAGCUGUCAAAGAAGAAACUCAAAUAGGAAAGAGACUGUUGGCCGAGCUUCUGGCGGAUGCCGAUGAAACGGACAUGUCCCUGGAGGACGCUGCACCCGCACCCAGCUAUGAUCAAUAUCAUUCGGGCCCAGCCCACGACAGUCCGACGACUAAUGAGGAAAAUGAAUACCUACAAGCAAUAGCACAUGAAGAUUACCCCGAAGCCGAUGCCGAUGAAGCUGAGGAAACCCAAGAGAUCCUGAUGCAGCUCAAUAAGUGUCGCACUUGCUAUCGGGACUAUGAGUUUGAUGUGAAUGCCGAGGAUCCCUUCGACAAUGCCAACAGCGUUUUGCUGUUUCGCAUUGAAGUUAUUUGCGGUGUUUGGCUUAGCAAUAUAGAGGGCGGACCACGGUUCAUGUGUCCGGACUGUCAGUUGUCCCUAAAGAAUGCAAUCGAGUUCCGUGAGAUGGUCAUAAGCACCGAGGUGAUGCUAACUCAGGGCAUGCCCGUGUGUGAUAAACCAGAUAUCGAAAUAGAGUUGGAAUCCACAGAGGCGGAUCUUAGAGAGUCUCUAACCGAGUGGACAACUGAUUCCGUAACAACUAAAAUAGACGCAGAAGUCGAUGAGGAAGUGGAAGACGAAGAACCACAUUAUGAAGACAUUUAUGAAGCAUCAACUAGCCCCGUGUGUAGUCUAAACUCUAAUAAAAUGGAUCAUGUGGAAAUAAUAGUGCCCAGUGAGGACAACUUUGAGAGAGCAAAUACAAGGAGCGUUGGCCGUGCCUCAAAUAGCCUCAAUGAACUAAUAAGCGAAAUAACAGGUCAAGAUAAAGUCAAACCCGAAAGGUUAAAGACUGCAAUAAAAGCGGCGACACCAGCUAAGGAGCAGCCCAAUCUAAAGAAAAUGAAGAUCGAAGAAAUAAGCCAAGAUAAUGACGAGGAGGAUGAUUAUAAUUCGAAAUUUGUGGCAUUCAGCACAUUUGGGAAGAGAAAUAAGUUCAGAGUAAAGAAAUCUUGACAGAAUACACACAAAGAGGUAGCCAAGAGCUUAGACGCAGUUAAAAAUAAUUAUUAACCAUAAUCGCCUAAUCCUUCAUAAACUUUUUUAUUUGUAAUCAACCCAUUUU